UACACCGUGCUGUUAGGCAACCAGUAGAAGCAGCGAGUCUACGUACAGUCUAUUCAAGAUGGCAGACAGAGAGUUUGAAGAAUUUCGUCAGUAUUUUGAACAGCUACCCCAACACAUUAAGGCUCCAUCGAACUGCUAUACCUCCAGUGUUGAGGAGACCAAAAUCACCAAAGAAGAAGCCAAAAUCACCUAUGGGGAGGAAAAAAUAGCCAUCGAGGAAGUCAGUGUCGCUACUGAGGAGCCUCAAGUCAUCAGUGAGCAGGCCAAAGCCACCUCCUUUGAGGCUGCACUUGCCAGUGUGGAGCCUCAAAUUAUACGUGAAAAGGCCAAAGUCACCUACUUGGAGAUCGGCGUCAGCUGUGAGGAACCUCAAGUCGUCGGUGAGGAGGCCAAAGUUACCUACUUAGAGGCCCAAGCCGCUGACGAGAAGAUCAAAGCUGCCAGCCACGACAACAAUACCUUACCCAGCGUCUCCACCUCUCCGUCUGAUGUCUUGGCCCACUAUGAUCCAGAUAACAUCUUUUACGCCGGUGAAUUUGGUAUCUACUACCUUCUGGUGCCAGAAAGCCGCAUGGCAACAAAAAGAAGGCAGUUUUAUGGCGUCCUCAAGUCCAGGAAGCGCUUAACUGUUCUCCUCGGGGCCAACAUGUCUGGUACUGAGAAACUGCCUCUGUUGGUGAUCGGAAAGUCAGCCACGUCCAGAUGCUUUAGGGGCGUCCAGACUCUGCCAGGGUCAUACGUGAGAGACAGAGAGGCCAAACUGACACCUGGUGUCUUUGAGAACUGGUUAAGGGAACUCGAUGAAGUUUUUUAUCAGUCCAAACGUAGCGUCGUCAUGGUUGUCAACAACACUCCCGCCCAUCCACACCUCACGGACCUCAAAGCCAUUACUCUGACCUUCUUACCUCUGAAGUCCAGCAACCAGCCACUGGAACAAGGAAUCAUUCGACAAUUGAAGAUUCACUAUAAAUUGGGUCUACUGGAAAAAAUGAGCGACUGUAUCAGAGCAAAGAAGAACUUUACCGUUUCUUUACUCGAUGCGCUGUAUCGCCUCCGCUUCUCCUGGGCUGCUGUGACGCCUACAACCAUCAUCAACGCAUUCAGAAGCUGUGAGCUGAUAUCAUUCAACUACCGUGAGCCUGAAUGGGAAUCCUUGAUCAACAGUUUCAUCCAGGAAAUAAUAACUCAAAAUGGGCUGGACAUUAAGGAUUUCAACAUCUGCGUGUGUGCUGAUGAUGACCUAGAGACUACUGAUUCAUCAGAGGCUGACACGACGGAAAAAUCUGUCGGGAAGGACUCCGAGUCUGAUGAGGUUGACGACGGUGACAGCGAAUCCGAGCCCACGCUGCCACACUCUCCAGGUGGUGUUGAUAUGAGGGCUGCCUUUGAGACCAUACAGACGUACCUCCAGAUGUGCCCAGAAGCUGAUGAAAUGUUGGAUCACUUGGUAGAUAUUCAAGUCUUCUGUAAACAACAAAAUUUACUCAAGAAUUUGCAUUCUAACGCCAAAGAAAUGUAAACUUUAUAAUUAUUUUUUAUUGAAAGUCAAAAGCAACAUUGUAGGAAAGGUGAAAUGAAGUGUUUGUGUUGUGGUUCUUAUAUAAAGAAGGCAUUUAAACUAAAACACAACGUAAAAUUAUAUUUUUCUCAAUUGUUUAA